CGAAGGAACGGCGUUGCCGUGGCGACGGGGGUCAGGGCGACGGUGCUCUCCAACGGGACGCUGCUCAUUAAAAACUUCUCGAAGAGGCGAGAGAGCAACGAGACGGACGCGGGCGAGUACGACUGUGCCGCUCAGAACCACUACGGGAUGCUGAUCAGCCGCAAGGCCCGAGUCCAGAUCGCCUCGCUCCCUAAGUUCCUGUCUCACCCUGAGUCUGUGGCGGUGGAUGUAGGGGGCGUGGCCAGACUCACCUGUCAGGUAAACGGAAUCCCAGAAGCCAACAUCACCUGGCAGAGGAACCGCGGUCCGCUGAGCACCGAAGACCCCCGGUACACUCUGCUUCCUAACGGCAUCCUGCAGAUCACCGGCGUUCAGCGGGCCGACAGCGGCUUGUAUCGCUGCGUCGCCGCCAACAUCGCAAACACCCGCUACAGCCACGAGGCCCAGCUGUCCGUCACCGUUGCAGGAUCCAGGAUCUACAAGGAGCCCGUCAUCCUGUCCGGUCCUCAGAACCUCACCAUCAAUGUGCACCAGACCGCCAUCUUGGAGUGCAUCGCCACAGGAAACCCCCGCCCCAUCGUGUCCUGGAGUCGCCUUGACGGGCGGUCCAUCGGUGUGGAGGGGAUCCAGGUUUUGGGAACGGGGAAUCUGAUGAUCUCUGACGUGACGCUGCAACAUUCAGGAGUUUACGUUUGUUCUGCGAACCGACCGGGAAGCAGAUCCAGACGCACGGCGCUCGGACGGCUCGUCGUACAAGCUCCUCCAGAGUUCGUGCAGUGGCCGCAGUCCCUGUCGCGGCCACCAGGUGGCAGCGCUGUGUUCAGCUGCACCGCGUCCGGAGCUCCGGAGCCGCAUCUCAUCUGGCUGAAGAACGGGAAGCUGCUGGUUGCUAGUGGCAACGUCAAACUGAGCAACGGAAACACGACGCUCUCCAUCACCCGCAUCACCCCCGAGGACGAGGCGAUCUAUCAGUGCAUCGCAGAGAACAGCGCCGGCACCAACCAGGCCAGCGCUCGCCUGGCCAUCAGUCAGGGGCCCGAACUACCCGAAGCCCCCACAGGCCUCCGAGCUGCGGCCCUCGGACCCAACGGACUCCAGCUGACCUGGGAACAGCCGCCGGAGACCGUCAGCCAGAGCAUCAUCGGAUACGUCCUGCACAUCCGAAGACUGGGAGAGCCGGACAGUGCAGAGCUGCAGGAAGCCGUCAGUAAAACUACCUUCAAACACGAGUUCGCCAACCUGGAAGCAGCGACCACCUACUGCAUCUACCUGAAGGCUUAUUCUGCUCUGGGAGGAAGUCAGCAGUCCAACACCAUCACCUCCACAACGCUGGGGGGGGUUCCCAGUUCUCCCAGUUUCUUCACAAAAGUGUUGAACCAGACGGCCAUGCAGGUGUACUGGGAGCUGCCCAGUAAGCCGGGAAAGGUGGAGGGCUUCAGACUGGAGUACCGCGGGGUUUCCAACCCAGAUGUCCAGGGGCAGGAGACUUUCCCAGGACACAUCAACACCCACACCAUCUCAGACCUGGAGCCGGCAGCAGUUUAUCAGAUCCAGUUGGUGGCGUUUAACGGGAACGGUGACGGUCCAUCCAACCGCCGCCUGGUGUCUCUGUCAGAGGGAAACACUGCAGCAGCUGGUCCGAACUGUAACUGUGAGCAGAACGACGGCUCCAUGUCCACGAUGCUGGUCGGCAUCCACAGCGGCCUCGCCUGCAUCCUCUGCUGCCUGCUCUUCAUCCUGCUGGGAUUCAGACGAAAUUUGUUGUGCAGGAAGACGAUGGGCUGGGAGACUCCUGCCACUCUGGACGGUGUCAGAGGCCCCAAAAUCCACACACCUGAGAGCAUCGAGCUGAGCCAGAGAUGUGACUCCACCUCUCCUCCAGUGAUGAUCAUGGUUGAAGCGACUCCACCCGUACAGGCUGGCACAGGCACCGGAUAA